CAUUAGAGCGCUCACGGCCGACGGGAAAGGAAAUACAAGAAAAGAAAAAUUAAAUUAUUUAUUGUUUUUGGGGAAAAUCCUCCUCCUCCUUCUUUAAUAAUCACUAUUCGAUAUUAAAAUCAUGGCCGACACGAAAGUGGAUUCCGCCACGGAAAUUUCCGCCAAGGACUUGAAAGAGAAGAAGCUCCUUGAGGAGAAGGAAAAUGGAAAGGAGGCUGCUAAUGGAAAGGAAAAUGAGGAGAACGGAGAGCCAGAGAUUGAUGAGGAAGAGGAGGAUGAAGUAGACGAGGAAGAUGAGGAGGAUGACGGAGAAGGAGAUGAAGACGAGGAUGAGGACGAAGAGGAUGAGCUCGGAGGUGGAACGAAACGAGGGGCUGAUGAGGAUGACGAGGAUGAUGAGGACGAGGUGGACCCCAAGAAGCAGAAGACGGACGACGAUGAUUAAAGGAUCGUUCCCCGCUGCUUAUCCUCAGCACGUUUGUUGGAGCCAGUGGCGUAAAAAGGACUCAAAAACAUAAACAUGGUCAUUUUUCAAGUUCACCACCCACCACGUUCAACCAACUAACCCCCAAAAUGCAAAAUUUUCUAGAGGAAAGACCACCCGCCGCCCAGAUUUCCCACCACUCUCGACAAAAAAAUACACAAGACGAGGAUUUGUUUGUAUUUUUAUUUACAUUUUAUAUUUUUGUACAUAUUGUUAAGAGAUCAGUCACUUUAUCAUGAUCUCCUGUGACCAAAACGGUGCUUCUUUAUGAAAUUUUACUUGUCUGACCAUGUCUUGGAACUUCAGCAAAACAGAAAAUGGAAACAUGUAUAAAAAAAAAUCAACAGCCAUUUAACUCAGAGCAUUCCAGUAAAGUUUUAUGUAUGAACUUUUAGUUGUACCAUAACUAGUUGUACCAUAAACUAGUUUUGUUUUUGUUUGGUUCUUUUUUUUUUGUAUGGGAGGGCUAGGCCAAAGAAAAGGAGUUAUUACUUUUCUUUCUUUUUUGUCUGCAUAUUUGUUUUACCUUGGCCUGUUUGUGUGUGUGAAGUUUGUUGUUCAACAAUAAACCUGACUUUUAUUUUG